AUGAGAGAGAAAAAUUUAAAUUUUCGAAGUGAAUCAAUUUUUUCUGGGAGCCGCAGUUUUUUUGAUAUUUUGGAAAACGUAGAUGAUGAAAAAGAAGCUAAGAGGAGUGCACAUUUUUUUAAUAGUAAUAAAAAUGUUCUUUUAAAUUUAUUUAAAGGUACUAAUCAAAAUAAUAAUGUAAAUAAUAUAUUAUUAGAGAAGAAACGUUUAGUUUCUAAUCCUAGAAAUAAUAAGUGUGUUAAUAAAGAAUGUAAGAAUAAUGAAUUAUGUAAAAUCGAAUUAAAAGAUGAAUUUAAGAAGAAUGAAGAAAUUAUUAAUAAUGAAUGUAAUUGUUCCAAAAAAAAUGACUGGAUAAAAAAUUUUUGUUGGUUUUGUUCUUUACAUAUAUUAAAUGAAAUAUUAGAAAAACAAAUUUAUAAAGAAAAAAUUCAUGAACAUGUAUAUGAUUUAAUUUAUGAUGAGGAUACUUAUUUUGAUACCAGUUCUAUGAUGAGUAUACCAUAUGAAUUUGCUAGAUUUAUGAUUACCCAAUUAGAUUAUAACACUUUACAUGAAAUAAAACUAAAUAAUAUAAUUAAAGAAGAAAAAUAUUUAUUUAAAAAAUAUAGUAAAAAAAGUGCACACAAUAGUAAAAAAUAUGAUGAAUAUGAAGAGGAAGAAAUAUAUAAAUCUGAUCAAUCCAAUAGUACUUGUAGUCUUAUAAGUGAUGAUACUACUUUAAAUAUUAAUAUGAAGAAUACAAAUUUGGAUUAUAGUAAUUAUUUAAAUAUGCGAAAGGAAUUAUAUAAUAACAACAACAAUAAUGAUAAUAAUGAUAAUUAUGAUAAUAAUAAUAAGAAUAAUGUUGGAGAUACUCAGGUUACUAUAAAACGAACUAGAAGAACUAAGAAAACAUUCUAUGAUAGUAACAAUGUAGGCAAUUCUGGAAGCACAGAUUUAUUUAAUUUUAAAAAAGUUUUGUCAUCGUCAGAAAGUAUGUUAAAUAAAAAUGAUGAAUAUUAUAUGGAUGAAAAUAAAAGGGAUCAUAACAAUAUGGAGAAUAAUAUUAAUUAUUCUAAAAAUUAUAGUAAUAAUAACAAAUAUGUUGAACAAUUAUAUCUAGGAAAAUAUACUAAUAAGAAACAAUUAACAAAUGAUUCAAAUAAAAUUAAUAAUAAAAAUGAUGAUUUAUUUAGUGAAAAUGUAAUGUAUGAAGAAAACAAAAAGAAUAAUUUUUUAAGUAGGAGAAGAAAUAAUAGUACCUUACCAACAUAUCAUAGACCAUAUAAAAAAAAUGCUAGUCAUAGUAGUUAUAGUUCUAUUCCUUUUUGGAAAUCCAAAAGAUUAAGUGAUUCAAUAGUAUAUUCAAAAUAUUUUAAUGAACUUCAUAUGAAUAAUAAAAUAAAAAAAAAAAAAAACAAAAAAAAAGAAAAUUCUUUAAAUAAUAAGGUCUAUAGAAAUUAUCUACUUAACUACAAUAUAUAUAACUCAUUCAAUAAUCAAAUAGAAAAUAAAACGGUUCCAUCACAAAUUAUAAAUCGUUAUAGUAGUGGACGUUAUUUUGAAAAUUCUAGAAUGGAAUAUGAAGGAAGAAAUAAUGAUAAAUCCUUUAUGUCUUAUGGUGCUUUAAAAAGAUGUAGUUCGUGCACGAUAUUAUUAAGAGAAAAAAAAGAAAAGAAAAAGAAUAAGAAAAUGAAAAAUGAAUAUGAUGAAGAAAUGAAGAUAUAUUUAAAUGAGGAAGAAAUAAAUAAUGAUGACAAUAAUGAUAUUUUCUAUGAUAAUAAAUAUAAAGAGGAAUAUAUUUCUAAAGACAAAAAAAUAUAUAAUAAAUAUAAAAACAACUUAAAUCAUAUAAAGCAAUUUUAUUGUCUUAAUGAAACUGAAAAGAAGCCUUUUCCAAUAUGUCUAUAUAAUAAUGUCAAAUCAUUUGAAUAUAUAAAACAAUGUUAUCGUUGUUGUUGUUUUUUUAAUACAAAAUGUUGUCAUUGUACUGAAUGUAAAGAGAAAUAUCAUAUGAAACUUAAGAAUCCACAUUAUUUUAUUUUUCAACAUGGAUUAACAGCAAGUGUACAUGAUUUUCAAAAUAUUUUUAAUUCUUUAUUAACUAAAUAUCCUCAUGUAUUUGUAUAUAUUACAUAUAGUAAUCAAGGACACACAUUCGAAGGUGUAGAUGUAGGAACAGAGAGAAUAUGUACUGAGUUAAAUUGUUUAUUUAAAAUAAUUAAUGAUAAAAUAAACAUUUCUAUGAUUGGUCAUUCAUUAGGAGGUAUAUUAAACCGUUCUGUUUUAUUAAAUUUGAAUAGAAAGAAAAUAUUUAAAAAUAAGAAAUUAAUAAAUUUUAUUACAUUUGCAUGUCCACAUAUAGGUGUACAUGAAAAUAUGGCUAUUAUGAAAGUUUUAUCAACUUAUCUAGGUGCUCAUACUAUUGAUGAUUUAAAUAAUAAAACAACGUUAUUAUUAAAAAUAGCUAGUGUUGAAAGUAUAAAUAUUCUUAAAAAAUUUGAAAAUAUAAUAUUUUAUGGAAACACACAAUCAGAUUGGUUAGUGGGUAUAAGAACAUCUUUAAUAUUACCAUAUACUUUAUUUAAUGAGGAGUUAAUAUUAUUUAUUAUAGAACAGGCAAAGAAUGUCCCUGAAAUACCUAUAAACAUAUUUUCUGUUGUUCAUUUGUAUAUGAGAAAGAAGAAAUUACUUUUUUUUUAUUUCUAUCAAGAUUUAAAAAACCCUAAUUAUUUAUUGAAUAAGAGAAAGGAGCAGAGUAAAUUUCUUGAUCAGAUGUUACAAACAAUAAUAUCUUCUCGUAAAUUAUUAUCUUCUACUAACACAAAAAAGUUUAAUUUGUUUUCAAAUUAUUAUUCCAAUGUUGGUGUGGAUAAGUUCAAGGGUGUGCACAAUGAAUUCAAUAAAAAUAUAAAUAAUGAUAAAAAUGUUUAUUCUGAUGGUACUAAUAAUAUUGUAGAGAAGAAAGAUAAAAAGGAAGAUGGUCAACAAGGUUGUUAUUCGAAUGUUGGAAAUAAUAAUCAUAUGGAUAAUACAAAUGAUAGUGAUAUUACAAAUAAUAAUAAUAAUAAUAAUAAUAAUAGUAAUAGUAAUAAUAAUAUAGUCCAAUCUGUAAUUAUAUACGAUAAUAAUAAGUGUGAGAAUAAUAGCAAUUAUUUAUUAUAUACUCCUCCAUAUGUAAAUAAAAGAAAUGUAGAAAAUAAUUUAAAUUUGAAGGGACAUAUAUUUCCUCAUGAUAUAAAUACUCAGAUGAUGCCUAUACACUUCAGAAAAAAUAUAUCAAGUACAAAAAAACAAGGUAAAAAUAAAAAGAUUGAUCAAAUCGAGAGAAAUAUUUUACAUGAUAAAAUGUAUAUGCAACAUAUCGAUGGAUUUAAUGAAAAUAAAAAAGAUAUUAAUGAUAAAUAUGAGCAGGGUUCUUAUUAUAAAUCACAUACAUAUCAUGAUAUGUUUAUAGAAAAAAUGAAAGAAAAUAAAAAUAUGUCCACUUUGGUAUGUAGGUCUGAUAUGAAUAAUACAGAUAAUACAGAUAAUAUAGAUAAUAUAGAUAAUAAAAUGGAAUAUGGAAAAAAUGAUACAAGAGAAAAUAAAAAAGAAAAUGAGCAUACUCAUCAUAAUAUUAUAGAUGUAUGUAAUGGUAACAAUAGCCAUAUGUGUAAUACGUCAAAUUGUGAUGAACCCUUAUUAUAUGAUAAAAUAGAAAAAACUAAAAGCUUUGAGUGUAUGUAUAUGGAUAAAAAUGAGAAAGAACAUAUAAUAAAUGAGAAUAAAAGCAUGAUUCAUAAUAAUGAUAAUUAUACAUUUACCGUAUCUGAAAAUAGUAAUUGUUCAAAUAAAAAUUCUAUUAGUAGCAAGGAUGAUAUAUAUAAUAAUAAUAAUAAUAUCAAAUGUGAUAAAAUUACUUAUACAUGUGGAACUUUAAUUUCUAAUCAUGAAGAUAAAAUAAAUAUAUGUGAUGACAAAACUAAGAAUAUAAAUAUAAAAAAUGAUAUAAAUAUAAAGGAUGCUACAAAUAAACAAGUUAUAAAUAAAAAUGUUAUAAAUUAUAAAAUGAAUGAAAAUAAAAUUGAAAAUAAUAUCACACUUGUUAAUAAUAAAAAUAAAUUAGUUGUCCAUAAGAAUAAUAUUUAUAUGACAAAUAUAAAUUCGAUUGAUGAAAAGAGAACAAAGUUUGGUGAGUAUAAAGAUUUUGAGAAAUUAUUUUUUGAUUGUUUAAAAAGUAAAAUAAUUAAUGAUAUCAAAACAUUAGAUAACAAUUUAAAAAAAAAAAAAAAAAAAAAAAUUGAAACAAAUAAAUUGUUCUCUAUACAAAAUACAAUCAACAUGAUCAAAAAUUAUAGUUUCUUAUACCCUUCCAAGAAUAGUAACAAUGAAGAUAAAAAAAAAAAAAAUUCAAAAAGCAGUACUGAAACAAAUGGUAGUGCAAAUAAUAAUAUAGAGAAUAAAAAGGACAUUCAUAUGAAUAACAAAUUGGAAGAUGAAAGUCUUGUUAUGAAAAAUUAUAAUGUGGAAGAAAAAAAUUCAUGGGGUAAAGAAAAAUUUAAAAAAUUAAUGGAUACAUAUUUUAAUGAAAAAUUAUUAAAGGAUACAAAAGGAAGUGAUAAGAUAAAUGAAAGUAAUAAUAUAAAUCAACAUGAACAAACUUAUAUACCAUUUGAUGAUGAUCAGAAUGAAGAAUAUGAUUAUAUUAGCGAAUUUUUUCAUUCCUCAUCUGAAGAAAAUGAUAUAUACCCUCCUAAUAACCUUUUAUCAUGUAAACAACAUGAAUCAAAAAAAAAAAAUAAAAAUUAUAUUAUUGAUGAAAAUAGUAAAUAUGUAGAAUUUAAAAGUAAUAAAAAAAAAGAAGAAUAUAUAAAAAGAAAUAAAUUAAAAAGAAAUGAUUUAUUAAAAGGUAUAACAAAAUAUGAUAAAAAACAAUAUAAACAAAUAUUAUUUUAUAUUUAUACAAUAUCAAGUGAUGAAUUAUUAGAAAAAUUUUUUAAAAAUCCAGAACUUUUAUAUUAUGAAGUAUUAUUUUAUUGUUUAAAUAGAUUACCGAUUCAAAGAUAUUCUAUAGCUAUACCUAUAUAUUCUAAUGCGCAUGUACAAAUCAUUGCACAUCCAAGAAUAUGUUCUGAAGAAUCUGCUAUAGUCAAACAUUUUGUUGAACAUUUAAUUCUUUAA